UCCCUGACAAAUUGAAACUCAACAUUUUUUUCCUGAAAUGCAAUAAUUGAUAUCGCUGCACUCAACUAUCCUCCAAUUGUCUACGUCAAUUGAGGUCAAUUAUACCUGAUACAGUAAUUUUACUAUUUUUUUUCUCUCAACGAAAUCGCAGUUUAGGGGCAAGUCAAUAUGGUAGAAACGCUGAAUUUUUUAUUCAAUCGAGUACUAUUAAUAUACUGGUCUUAGGGCAGAAAUUGAGGGAUUAAUGAGUGUUAAUUAUUCCUCUGAUGUCUCAACGAGGGAGAAAUUCACAAUUCUACGUUAAUUCACAAUUGAAUCCACUGUGUUCCCCACGAGACAAAAUACACAAACCAAUAAUUUAAUAAGUCAUAUAAUGAGACUUUGGUUCACCGUAAAAACGCCGUCCAAUCGAGAUAAAAACCGUCCAGGAAGUUGAAGAUGCUGCAGGCCGUACGUUUACUAACGGAAUUGGCGAGACCCAGUGAUAAUCGUCGUGACAGCGACAACAUGGAGCCAGCGCAGGCAUCUUCGAGCGAUGUGUCCGUGCAAUUUCGUGAGAUAUACAAGAAUGGAUGGCUGAGAAGAACCGACAAGACUGACAAGGAGACCAGUCGUUUCUGGGUUGCAUUUUGCGUUCACGAUGACACCGAACCCAGGCUCGAGGGUUUCACUGAUCAAAAGCAGGCGACGACCCACUCACCCCUCUGGGCAAACUCACUGCGUGGUAUUCAGCACAUUUCGCCCACACUCUGUGCCACAUCCAGGCACGAUUACGAAUUUUGCGUUAAUUUUAAUGACGACAGGGUACUGAGACUGGCUGCACCCACCUACCAGGGAAUGCUGGACUGGGUGCAACUGGUGACGAGAAAGUUGACGGAUAUGAAGAUACUGAGGCCAAAGGAGAAUGUUUACUCGAGGGGUCCCGAGAGAAUAGCCACGAGGGAUCCAACUAGUCCACUGCCACCACCACCAUUACCUGCUGGGCCAGAGGGAACUGUUCAAACUCCACCUGGUACACCUUCCAGUGGACCCAGCACUUCGAGUCCUGGAAUGGAGUUGGAGGCCAUUGUCGAGACUCAUCCGAUGGUCUUCACGUUUGAAGACAUCUCGAUCGAGGAACGAAGAAGGCCUGUGCAGGCACAAACCCAGAGAACUACACCACCAACUCCAAGUCCUAGGGUCAUUCCUGCUCCUGACCCUGCGGACUCGGGGUAUGAGAGCAUUUUCAUGGCUUCUUCGUACUCUGUACCUGGUGAUUCGUCUAGGAGUGCUGUCAGGGAGCCUGCGGCUAGUCAGGAAUCGUCGAAUGAUAGGUAUGCAGCGCUGAUGGAGUACAGGAGCUCGGGGCCUUCGGAAAAUCGAGAGAGUGCUCGGAGUGCGUCGUCUGCAGAAAAUGUUCGACAAGCACCUGCAACGAGUGUCAGGACUGGUGGUGAAACGAGACCUGGGGCGGCUAAUAUUCCUAGACAGCUCACGCUUCGGGAGCAGCAGAUCUAUCAGUUGAAACGAGAGAUGAGUCAUCGGGCUGGGGUCAGACUGCAAUUAGGGAGGAGGGACUGUAAAGACAGCAUUGCCUUUGUUGAUAGCUUUGGAUCCAUCUGGAUUGCUGGAUGGAAGCAAAAAGAACAUCCUUUUCUCUACAAUGUUCUUCACGUGGGAGAUAUGGUGAUCAGUGUAGCGGGUAUUUCCCCACCAAAUGCGGCGACGAUUCGUGACAUUAUGAAGGGAAUCACAACGCCACGUGUAGAGGUGAUUGUCCGUCGUCUACCGUAUGCUCAAGCUAUGACCUUGACCAAACGAACAGAUACUGAGGAUUUUGGUCUCGAAGUUAAUGGCAAUGAGGUAUCCGGGGUUUCGGGUGUUGCUUUGAAUCUUGGAUUGUUACCACUGGCUGACGCAACAGAUCCCACUGCCCCUGCUGGCUCCAACACAACCUGGACACUCACCGAGAUUAAUGGGAGACCGUUGAAUAUAUUCGAUGGCGGUGCAGCUGAACGAUUGAGGGCUGUUGGACGGGAUAUUUCUAUUGUUAUUCAACCGACAGAUCUUGUGUCGUCGCUGCGUAAAAAAUUACGCGUUAUACGCAGCUAUAAAAACUUUAUUCUACAGUGAAUUAAUGACGUUUGAAAAAAUUGUAUAGACAUUUUUAUGGGAAUUUCAAACAGAAUCCUAUACAUGCUGGCAAAAAUCGUACGAAAGAUUAGUGUAAUCGGGUAAUUGGAGAGUGAAAUUGUGUUUCAGGAAUUUUUAUUUGGAAUCAAGGAAAAAAUGUGAGGGAAGGGGAAAUUUUUCUUUUUGAAACUCAAUUUUUUACGAACGCAUACUAAAAUUUACGAGUUUUUGAGGGAUUGGUCAGGAAAAAGGGAUGAUUUAAUUUUCAGGAGAGUCGUUGAAGUCGAUUUAUUGGGAAGAAACUCGUGAAAUUUUAGAUUUCUCCGUAAAAAUUUGAAUUUCCAAUGCCGAAAUUCCUUCGACUUUUAGUUCAAUUGAAAAAUGUGAUAAAAUUUUCGAAAAAAUGCAGCAGAAAUUUCGGAGCAUCCUAUAGACCAUAUUUAUACGAUUUUUCCAACGUGAUUAACUUAAUAAAUUGAACAUAAUUUUUUAAUUCGUCGGUACUGUUACCCGCGACUAAGUGCGAGAGGCCGAUUUGACAGCUACAUCACAAAGAUAUGAGAUAUGGGGGAGAGAGUGUAUGGUAAUCUGUAGAGCAAAGCGUAUACUGUGAUAAUUUAUACGUGCGCACAUGUACGUUACAACGUGUACGUUGGCAGCACGAGAACGUACUAAUGUUUUGAUAAAUAAAAGUAGCAACCGAUGAAAGGACCAAAGGGGGAUGGAGUUGAGAGUGAUUGAUUACGUGAAUAAUUUGAAGAGGAUGAAUUGAGUUGUCGGAAAUUUAUUGGCAAUGGAAAGUAACAAUUGUAGAGGAGAGGGGUAAAAUGGAGCUUCUUAAAUGGUCAAUAGCUGGAGAAGAGCGCAAUUUCCCAAUUUUUUUUUUUCAUUUUUUAGGUAAUUUUCUCAAGCUAAUGAAGAUUAAAGCCCGUCCAUUUUACUCCACAAAUGGUAUGACAUGUACAAGUUGGUGAGUAUUACCCGUCGUUUGAAUCACACGUUGAAGAUGUAUUAUUCCAAUCAGAGUUAUUAUGUUAUUAUCACUCGAGGGAUUUGAUGGACUGAUAAGUUGGAAUUUUUGGAGAAUAAAAUUGUUUAUACCACUG